UAUUAUUCAAAUUUAAACUGCCGAUAUUUAAAACAAUAUGAGGAAGAAAAUUUUGCCACAAGCAGGGUUCAACGUUGAGAAGUUUGCACGCAAGAACAUGAACACCUUGGAUAAUGAUAAUUCUGCCCACCUGGUAAAUCAGAAAGCAAGGAUCCGUAAUUGGAAGCACGGUACAACUAAAACUUCGCCAAUGCGGUUAAAAAUUAUCCGCUCAAGGGAGACUUCUCCCGUAAUUCAAAAUAGUGUUUCCCAGACCAAAAUUAUGGGAAAUGUUAGUAUUAAGAAGAUUACACUUGUGAAGGAUAAUAAGAGGAGAAUUGGUGGAGCCCCAAAACCAAUCACCACACAGAUCUCUUUAUGUGAUAAUAAUCCCGGCAGAAGAGCCAAACACCAAUGUAAGAAAACUAGUAAAAUCAACCCUAAGCCUAGUAAUAAUGACUACGUUCCUGAGGUCUCACCUGUUGAGCUUAGUUUUGAGGAGGAACUAGAUGUCGAAAAUAUUUAUAAGGAGAAUUCCUUCAUCAAUCAGCAAAUAUUCCAACAGUCCAAACGGCCAAAAGGGCAUCGCAGAAAAGUUGAGCCUAAACUAGAAUCGAUGAAGGGAGCCUGCAGCCUAAAUUUAGAUGACUGAAUCCAGAAAUAAGCAAUAUACUGACCACUCACAAGCUCCUGAAUUUGAAGAGGAGGGAAAGGAAAACCUCUCUUCUGAAGGAGAUGAGACAGAUGUUAAGGAACGGUCAUACCUGGCAAAGCCACCCAAGAUUCAACAGGAGAAGUUUAACGAUCUUAGUAGGAAGUUUUCUCGAAAUCCAGGAUUUUCCCAAGUUGGGAAUUUCAAGACGGAUGUUCCGACAGAGGACACUACUAAAUUACAUUCAGCCAAAUUCCUGUCCCAGAAAUCAGUUGCUAGCAAAGAAGCUGAGGAAGUGAGCAGUUGUGGAGGGAAUGUAAUCCCUACUGGGAUUAUUUCAAGAGCGAGGCGGUCAGCCCAGAAAACUUCGAAAAUACCUCACAACCUAAACAGGAGUAGGAACGCAGGCCGGAACAACCACAGUCGUAACAGUUCGAACCUUGAACGGGUCACUUCAAAUAUUCUCACUGAUAAAUUAAGGGACACUCUGGAAAACUCUAAGAAGAAGGGAUCUAGGUAUUCAAUGGCUUCAAAUCACCCUAAAAAUGGCGAAAAGUCAAAUAUCCUCAAGGAAGAUGGCAAAUUGAAAGAGUCAGAUUCUGGCAACACCAGAUUGAAGAAAGUGUAUCAGAAAGCAUAUUAUAAGAACAAGGUUAACAACCAAGUCCUUGGGGAUAUCAUUAAAAACAAUAAUGGGACUAAUUUUGGGUCAAAGAGACAUCUCCAGACUGAGAAGCCUCAUAGUAAGGAUAAAUAUAAGAGGAUUCAUUCUAAGAAUACCAAGAACCACUCUUUGAAUAAUAAAGAGAAUCAUGCUAAAAACCAGCAUGACAGUUUUGAUGAAUUUAGAGACAAAAAUAGCUCGACUGAGGUGUAUAACCUCAAUCAGUAUUGCAGUGCAGCUAAUCUAAAUGCCUUCGGGUCCAAAAAUUUUAGCCUACCAAAGAAUAUGAUACUCAGCAAAAACAGAAGCAGGGAUAACACAGGUUUUGGUUCACCAACUAUGAGAAGAGUUGAAGGUGAAAAAGAGGAAAAUAAAGGUGCUUUCGAUAGCAUCAUGGCGAAACAUGGGCUCCUAAAAGACCUGAAUAACUUGAAUUGAUUCAAUGCCUUUUGCAAGCAAUCCCCUUUGAGACAUCAAAGAUCAUUAGAUUAUUGCUACCAAAGCACGAAUUCUUCUCUAUAUCCUAAUACGAAUCAGGGUCCAACACAUAUGAAGACUUGAACUCAGCAGAAUUUGAAUUUGUAUAACAGGAAACAGAACUGUAUCUCUCCAGAAUCAGUUACAAGCCAAUUCUCGCCUACAGAGACGAUGCAGAAUCCUCAUGAUAUCGCAGGGAGGACAAUGGAUAGUAAUGGAUAUUCAUUUCCGUUCCAAAGGAGAGCUCGGUCAGCUUCCCCUCCAAAGGACCCGGAAAUUGCCCAGAAAAUCGCUGAAACUCUUUCUCCAAGACACAACAAUGAGAAGAAAACAAGUGCAGUAGAUGAGUUAUUAGAGGACCAAGUUAUGUUUCUCCAAGAUCCCCUAAAGAGCCAGAAUUCGAUCCAUUCUAGGAUUGGAAGCGGUAGUUUCAAGUCUCGUAAGCCAAUUGUGGCUAAUCCAAAGCUGUUCUUCAUCGGUGGUCCUGGAAAUAUGACGCAUAAGGGUUCUGACGAGCCCAUCUGUAUCCCUUCUGACAAAAUGAAGGUACUCAGCAAGGCAAUCAAUCACUAUUUGAAUGGAGAAUACGACAAAAUACCGGAUAAUUCUCGUGAGAAUAAGCUAAUCGAGAAUGAUCUAUGUACCCAUGAUCUCAAAGGUCACGAUAUCUCAGAUGGAAAUGAACACGAUCUCACAGACGAAGCUGCUGCUAAGAAAUGAGAGGUCGAUGACUGGCUCCAGGAUAACUCAGGACCAACUGAGAACUCUCUUGAGGGCAAGCAUCAGGAUGGCUUCGAUCCCUUCGCUCAAGUGAAAGAGGAGUCCUAUCAACCUCAGUCUAGUCUGUACAAGAAGCAGCCAGCAGCUGGGGAUGGGAUGACCCCUGCUAAUAUCAUGGAGAUUAUUCAGAACUCUCAGAAGGUGCAGGAGAACCCUGUUGUCAAAAAUACCUCGAAGUACGUCUCUUUGACUACCAAUGAAGAGGAGGUGGUUGAAAAGAACAUCAUUGUUGAUGAUGCUGAUUUUGAGCUAGAAAAUUGCCUCGAAGAAGAUGAAGAAUGGAUCUUACAAAGCUUUAAUGCCAAGAAAAGACUUGAAGAACAACAAAGACAGAGAGAAAUUGAAGAGAAGCAGAAGGAAGAACUUCAAAUAAAAAUUAUGUCAAAACCUCCUCAACCUACUCCUUCUACUAACGAAAGGCUCUGAUCUUUAAAGGAAACGGUAAAGAUUGAGGAGCCUGAUUUGAGUUCAGAGGCUGUCAAGCCUAGGAGAAGGAGAAAGAACAGUAAACAUCGUAGGACUGAGUCCAAGACGUUCAAUAAGGAUUUCUUAGAGUCUUUGGCUCAACAAUGUCCUAGCUAAUCCUAACACAUAACACUAAAAAUCUUUUGAAAUUUAGACUUCA